UACCUUUUCAAAUCAUUCGCAUUUCAAGCUUGCUUGGAAACACACUUGUUUUAACAUACGCCUCGUCGCGUACGCGUAUAUCCUUAACAAAGGAAAAUUUAUAGGUGAAUUAGAUUAUUUCCACCGACGCUAUCAACAUGUCUCCAAAAGCACCGAUGGUCAAGUUGAACAACGGUCUGGAAAUGCCAGUUCUCGGCCUUGGAACAUGGCUGUCCAAGGAGGGUGAAGGCGUAGAGGCAAUCAAAGCAGCCAUCGACGCGGGAUAUCGGCACAUCGAUACGGCCUAUUUUUACCAAAAUGAGAAAGAGGUUGGCGAAGCUAUACGCGCCAAGAUCGAAGAAGGCGUAGUUUGCCGGGAAGAUUUAUUUGUGACGACGAAGUUAUGGAAUACCUAUCACCAUCCAGACCAUGUGGAACAAGCGUUCCAAAAGUCUUUGGAAAACCUGAACAUUGAGUAUAUUGACCUGUAUUUAAUGCACCUGCCCAUCGGGUACAAGUUUAUCGAUUGGGAUACCAAAAACUUGAUGCCGUAUGAUGCGGAUGGAAAGCUGCAAUUCUCUGAUGUUGAUUAUAUCGACACCUGGAAAGCUAUGGAAAAGUUGUUAAAAACAGGAAAGGUUAAGAGCAUUGGAGUUUCAAACUUCAACAGUGAACAAAUCACUCGAUUGCUUGCCGAAUGCGAAAUCAAGCCUGUAACCAAUCAGGUCGAGUGUAAUCCAAGUCUCAACCAACGAAAACUGACUGAGUUCUGUAAAAACUUGGACAUUACUCUGACCGCUUAUAGUCCUCUGGGUCGUCCAAAUUAUUACGAGAAGGACCCCGACAACAUGCCAAAGCCUGCUUUGGAUGAUCCUAAGGUGAUUGAGAUCGGUAAAAAGUACAACAAAACGUCGGGCCAGGUAAUCCUCAGAUAUUUGGUCGACAUUGGAACUAUCCCAAUCCCAAAGUCAUCCAACUCGGAACGCAUUCGGCAGAACAUUGACAUCUUCGACUUCAAACUGACGGAAGAGGAAAUUAAAAUUAUGGAUGGAUUCCAUACUGGACAGCGUACGGUACCGUUCAACCUCUGUACCAGUCACAAGUAUUUCCCAUUUAAUGCUGAAUUUUAAAUAUAGAUCGUUCUUGUAAUGGUAUCAAGAAAUAAUAAAGAAGAAAGGUUUUGACUGUGUUCAAAUAAAAAUAAAGAAAA